UUGUUUUUUUUAAAGCAGACUACGUGAAUAAAGAAAACAAAUACGACAUUUUCUUCACUACUUGUUUCACUUGAGAUCAGUUUAAUCGAUUCAUUGUUAAUCAGAUUAAAUUAGCUGAUGAAAAUACAAAAAAAAAAAAAAUCUCUACAAAAAUAUGAAAUCCAGUAUAAUCAAAUCCAAUUUGUUUGGGCUGAAAGAAGAAAAACCCACAAGAAUAUUGAAACACUGAUUGUGUCAAAGGGACUUUAUAGUCCAGAGAUUGGAGGGCUUCUUAUUGCAGAGAUAUUUUUUCUGUUUUUUUUUCCAUUGGUCCCUGAGUGACAGUGAACAGCUGUUUGGCACAGAUGCGCUCCCACACCCAGUAACACUGGAGCUGCUCCCGAGUCAGCAGGGGCCACACUGUGAGGCCUAUCUGUGGAGAUAAGGCUGGGCUUACUAACAUAUGUACUUUGGCACCGAACCAAUCUACCCAGCCUGAAGGCGAUACUCAUUGAUACUUAAGCUUGGCCGGGCUGUGACUGGAUGGGUGCAGAGGGCGUUCCAGAGCACUUCAAGCGCAGCAGCUGCACAGUCGCACCAUGCAGUUGAAGAGGAACAUGUUACUGGGCCUGUGCCGGAGGAAUGUCCUGUCUGCUGCUACAAUGAAUGGGACCCUCUCGAGGAGGUGAUUGUGGGUCGUGCUGAAAAUGCCUAUGUCCCUCCCUUCACUGUGGAAGUGAAAGCCAACACAUACGAGAAGAACUGGCCCUUCUUCCAGAAGUAUGGGGGCCAGCCUUUUCCUGCGGACCACUUGAAAAAAGCCGUUGCUGAGAUCGAAGAAAUGUGCAAUAUCCUGCGCCACGAGGGCAUCAAUGUGAGGAGGCCCGAACCCAUCGACUGGUCCCUGCAGUACACAACUCCAGAUUUCACCUCCUCAGGCUUGUAUGCUGCCAUGCCCAGAGACAUCCUUCUGGUUGUGGGGAAUGAGAUUAUCGAGGCUCCCAUGGCUUGGAGGUCGCGCUUCUUCGAGUAUCGGGCCUACAGACCUUUGAUCAAGGAAUACUUCAAGAAAGGGGCUAAAUGGACCACUGCUCCCAAACCCACCAUGGCCGACGAGCUGUACGAUCAGGACUACCCCAUGCGCACAGUGGAGGACAGACACGUGCUGGCUGCCCAGGGGAAGUUUGUCACCACGGAGCACGAGCCCUGCUUCGACGCUGCUGAUUUCAUCCGAGCUGGGAGGGACAUUUUUGUCCAGAGGAGUCAGGUUACAAAUUAUAUGGGAAUUGAAUGGAUGCGUCGCCACCUGGGCCCAGACUACAAGAUCCACAUAGUGUCAUUCAAGGAUCCUAACCCCAUGCACAUUGAUGCCACUUUUAACAUCAUCGGACCGGGGCUGGUGCUGUCAAACCCCGACCGCCCUUGUCACCAGGUCGAGAUGUUCAAGAAGGCUGGCUGGACUGUCGUGAAACCGCCAACACCUCUGAUGCCUGAUGACCACCCACUGUGGAUGUCCUCCAAAUGGCUGUCCAUGAAUGUCCUGAUGUUGGAUGAGAAGCGCGUUAUGGUCGAAGACAGAGAAACCACCAUUCAGAAAAUGUUUGAGAAACUUGGUAUCCAGACCAUAAAGGUGAGCAUUCGCCAUGCCAACUCCCUGGGUGGUGGCUUCCACUGCUGGACAACUGAUGUCCGCCGCCGUGGUGUCCUGCAGUCCUACUUCCACUAGCCUUGCCAGAAAUAGGCAGUUUUUAUUGAGCUUUAAAGAUUUAAAGCCUCUGUUCGGUCUCUUAAAUCCCGCUGUCAAACUUAUUGUCUGUCAAUUGUGUGUAUCAUGCUUUGUGAUACAACAAUGUACAGCUGCCAAAUUUCUAACCCCAUCUUAAACAGCAUGUACAUUUGAAAUGUGUAUGUUUGGGUGUCACCUGCUGCAACUCCAAGUCAAAUCAGUCAAAUUUUUUCCUGAUUAGGGCUUAAUGUCCUAAAUUAACGUGUAUGAAUUGGUUUGAUUUGACAUCGCUGUGCAUCACAAUGCCAAACAGCUCUGUUCGGAUAUAUAUAUAUAUAUAUAUAUAUAUAUAUAUAUAUAUAUAUAUAU